UCGGUCGGAGGCUGGGGCUGGGGCUCGGGGUUUAAUUUGAGAUUUUAGAAUCAAGAACCCUGAAUAUCCUUAAUCCCACAGUCUGCACAGCUGAGCUGACGGGACGGGCCUGGCUUUCCCACAGCACGGUUAACACACAAACCUGUACACGGGCAGUGCACUGAGGAGCAGUUUGCCCCUCAGCAUGAGCUGUGAACUAACAGCCAGGCUAACGUGAUAAUGCAGGCCUGUUCUUACCUCUUCUUUAUACGUAAUACAUAGAAACACAGUGAAAACUUAUAUUUCACUAUGUACAUGUAGUGAAAGUUUCAACAUCGUAAAUGUGUUAAACGGAGGCUUUAGAUAGGCUUUUUCACUAGGGUUAAAAUGUGACUAUGGAAUUCAAAAUAUAUUUUAAAAAACCCUUAUUCUUUACGUUUGUAUUGUAGAAACAAUCACUUCUGCCUAGGCCAGAAAUCUUCCAUCUGUGCCAGCUUUAGACAGACCUAAAAUCGGGCGGGCCCGGCUGGGGCUGAGGGGGCUCCUCCUGAGGGAGGGACGCGCUGGGGCCACUCCCGCAAACCCCGCGGCCCUGAGGGGCCAGUUCGUGGCAGCCGCCUCAGCCGGCGGCGCUUUCCCUCCCUUCCCCGUGGAAUCCAUUAAUUCCCGUCAGGCAGAGCCCGGCGAGCACCCUGGAAACAGCUCUUCAUUCCUGGGAACAGUUUUUUAAAGCCAGAGCAUCUCCCCUGGUUAUGGUAACCCAAAGGUUGCAGUGCCCUGCCCUGCCAACUCCAGCACAGGUAAACCCUAUUAGAAGAUUGAAUUAGUGCAACCUGCUUGUAUUAAACGUGUGAACGUACUGAAGAAGGGGGAGCUAAUUACAGGAGAACAACCCAAAAUAUCAGUGAAAGGAACAGUUCAAAACCACAAGAAAGAAAUCAGUGUUGAAGCUUUCCAGAUGCCCAGAGUGUCUGCAGAGAUUCACUGCCCCGUUUGGAGGAGACCCAGGGUGAAGGCACAGAGCCAGCAGAGUCCCUGUGGACUUCCCUUGCUGAUGGCAGAGUCAGACUGAGAAUAGAUAACUCAUGUCCACAGACUCCCAUAACAGUUCAUCAGAUGUUCAAGGAGAGCCUGGAAAAAUACGGGUCCCUUAAUGCUUUGGCCAGCAAAAAGAAUGGAAAGUGGGAGAAAAUAACUUUUUCAGAGUAUUAUUGCCUCUCCAGGAAAGCAGCCAAGAGCUUCUUGAAGCUCGGCCUUGAACGAUUCCACAGCGUAGCAAUCCUUGGAUUUAAUUCUCCAGAAUGGUUCAUCUCGGCUGUUGGAGCUGUUUUUGCUGGAGGAAUUGUCACAGGAAUAUACACAACCAAUUCUCCAGAGGCCUGUCACUACAUUGCUCAUGACAGCAAAACCAAUAUCAUGGUUGUGGAAAAUCAGAAACAACUGGACAAGAUAAUGCAGAUCUGGGAUCGCUUGCCACACUUGAAAGCUGUUGUGCUAUAUAAGGACUCCCUUCCAGAGACACAUCCAAAUUUAUAUACGAUGGAGGAGUUCCUGGAGCUGGGGCGUGACAUAUCUGAUGCUACUCUGGAUGAUAUUAUUAACUCUCAAAAGCCCAAUCAAUGCUGUGUGCUGAUAUACACCUCUGGGACAACUGGGAAGCCCAAAGGAGCCAUGCUGAGCCAUGACAAUGUAACCUGGACAUCAGCACACUGCAGCAGAGCAGCAGGUAUGCAACCUGCAGAGGUCCAGCAGGAGUCUAUAGUCAGUUAUCUCCCUCUCAGCCACGUCGCUGCACAGAUGUAUGACCUGUGGACUGGUAUCAAAUGGGGAGAGCAGGUCUACUUUGCUGAGCCAGAUGCUCUGAAGGGCAGCUUGAUCAACACACUAAAAGAAGUGCAGCCAACAGCUCAUAUGGGAGUCCCCCGAGUAUGGGAGAAAAUCAUGGAGAAAUUAAAGGAUGCUUCUGCUCAGUCAGGAUUUGUGAAGAAGAAAAUGCUGUCAUGGGCUAUGUCCCUUGGCUUAGAGAGGAACCUGAAUGGCUCAAGCAGCAGUGACCUAAAGCAGCUCUGGACAAGGUUGGCAGACUACCUCGUGCUUGCAAAAAUCCGCAGUGCUCUGGGGUUUUCCUGCUGUCAGAAGCACUUCUGUGGGGCUGCUCCUCUCACCACAGAAACACUGUAUUUUUUCCUGGGUCUGAACAUCACCCUGUAUGAAGCCUAUGGGAUGAGUGAGACCACAGGCCCACAUUGCCUGUCUGGGCCUUUCAUUUACAGGCAGCACAGCUGUGGUAAACCAGCCCCUGGGUGCAGACUGAAACUGGUGGACAAGGACACAGAAGGCAACGGAGAAAUCUGCUUCUGGGGAAGGACUGUUUUCAUGGGUUACUUAAACAUGGAAGACAGAACAAAAGAAGCCUUCGAUGAGGAGGGUUGGCUGCAUUCUGGAGAUUUAGGAAAGCUAGACAAGGAUGGCUUUCUCUAUGUCACUGGAAGAAUUAAAGAUUUGAUUAUUACAGCUGGAGGUGAAAAUGUGCCUCCAAUUCCAAUUGAAGAUGCUGUUAAAAAAGAGCUCCCAAUUGUUAGUAAUGCCAUGGUGAUUGGGGAUAAAAAGAAGUUUUUGUCAAUGUUCCUGACCCUAAAGAGUGAGCUGGACCCAGACACAUCUGAUCCCACUGACAUUCUCACUGAGCAAGCCAGAGACUUCUGCCAGAAGAGGGGCAGUAAAGCCACCAAGGUGUCUGAGAUUGUAGCCACCAGAGACCGGGCGAUCUACGGGGCCAUCCAGGAGGGAAUCAACAGAGUCAACAGGAACGCCACCAACAGGGUCCACUGUAUCCAAAAAUGGAUAGUCCUGCCAAGGGAUUUCUCCAUUUCUGGGGGAGAACUAGGUCCAACAAUGAAGCUGAAACGGCUCACGGUGCUCGAGAAAUACAGGAAUGAAGUAGACUCCUUCUAUGAAGAGUAGGAAGUCUUUCAUCCAAGCAUUAAGAAAGAUCUGUGAGCAAAAGAAAGUAUUUUCUAAUCAAAAGCAUUAAUGGAGAUUUAUGCCUUUUUGGGGUCUGUAGUCUAUUGAACCAAACCACUAAAGCUGCUGUGUCAGUUUA